ACCACCAUGACAGCAGCUGACAUACUGCUUCACCGCCAUGACUUAUUCAGGAAGAGCCACUCGGCUCUGGCUCGUAGGAGACUCCUCCAAAGAGGGGGGGACUCACUUUUGAAAGGUGUUGGUGUCAUAGCCCCUGAGCGCGUCGAGGGCACGUGACUUAUCUCGAGCGAGCGAGGCAAGGCAGGCAGCACCCAUGCGGGCUUGCUCCACAGGCCGAGACCACCGCCAAUCAACGCAAUCUCGCAAGGCACACGACGCGGAAUCGAAGGCCACCCCUUCGAACACUGAUCGAUUGAGCAGUCGUCAUGAGCAACUGGGACUACCUUUCGAAGUUCAUCCUUAUCGGCGACAGCUCCGUGGGGAAGUCCUCGAUCCUGGUCCGGCUCACCGAUGAUCGUUUCCUGACGGACCCGGACCCGACGGUGGGUGUCGAGUUUGGCUCGCACGUCGUCGAGAUCCCCGAGACGGGCGAGCGAAUCAAGUGCCAGUGCUGGGACACGGCUGGCUCCGAGGCCUUUCGGAGCAUCACGAGGAGCUACUACCGCGGUGCGGCGGGCGCCCUCAUCGUCUACUCCAUAUGCCACCGGCCCUCGUUCUUGCACGUCGCCGAUUGGCUCAGGGACGUGAGGCAGCAUGCCGAGGAGAGCUGCAGCAUCAUCCUCGUGGGCAACAUGCAGGACCUCUGCGGGGACGAGGAUGGAGGGUCAAGCGAGGGGCCUGAACAGGCAGACACAUCGACCUCGUCCGAGGGCUCCACACCAGCCCAGCGGACCAGCAAGAAGGGGGCACAACGACGGCGAGAGGUGACAACCGAGGAGGCGCGCACGUUUGCAGAACGGGAAGGAAUCAUGUUUGUGGAGACGAGUGCAAAGACGGGCCUCAAUGUCACCGAGGCCUUUCAGCAGGCAGCGAGGGACAUCCACUCGAAAUUUGUGGCGGCAGCCGCGGCCAAGGGCAACAACGCGCACGACCGGGGAGCUGGCGCCCAUCAGCAGGGGCACAGUCGCCCGGGCGUGGGUCUCGUGACGCCGACCGGCGAAGACACGGCAAAGGACCGGCAGUGCUGCGUCGUCGUAUAGCAGACUUGCGACAAGCCGCCUGCUUUGUAUUUGUAUUGUGGACGAGCACAUGUGGUGUGGAUGUAGUAAUAAUACAACAGU